CAUUGUCAAUUCACAGUUAGUUGCCGCUAAAUUACUUGCAAAUACAAUCAAAACCACUGAUUCCCAAAUUAUUUCUUUUAAUUUCAAACGUAUUUGAUAAAAUGGAGGAAGAAAAUUUACCUGGAAGCUGCAACUUUCUAAAAGACCCAUUAUCAAUAAGCGAUCUCAUUGGUCCUGGCACAACAUUUGAGAUUAACACAAACUUUGAUGAGGGCUUCAGCAACGAUAUAUUCGAUGAAUUAAAUUUAGGUUCUGAUGAGGAAGACGAUGAAAAGUCGGCUGUAGAUCACUCAACACUGGUUUCGCCGUGGACAAAAACAUUUGAUGAACUGCGUCAACAAAUGGUGCAGAUAAAUGAACACAUUUACAAAAAAAUUACACAGCCGGGACUAGCAGAAAACGGUGAAGUGCCGUUAAAUGCACGUGUGUGUAUACGAUAUAAUGCCUAUUGGGAAGGUGAAGGGGCACCUUUUGAUUCAUCAUUUUUACGUGGCUCCUCGUAUCAAUUCUAUACUGGACGAAAUGAAGUAAUCGAAGGAUUAGAGGAAGCAGUGCGCACAAUGUAUCGUGGCGAACAGGCACAGUUUGUAAUUUCACAUCAUUUGCUCUUCCGUGAAAUUGGUUGUCCGCCACGCAUAAAACCAAGUGCCGAUGGACUCUUCAUUAUAGAAUUAGUUUCAUUCAAUGCCAUUGGUGAUUUAGAGGCAGAUAAAAACUUAACUGAUGAAGAACGAGGCAAAUAUUCCAUAGUAAUUGAAAAAAUACGUGAAGUACAUCUCAAAGGUCUAGAUUUCUUUGGACAAGGCUUAUACAAAAAUGCUUUUCGUGCCUUUGAGAAAGCAGUAAGUUUGCUGAACAGUUGUCAUUUGGCGAACGAGCAAGAGGAGAAAGAGCAAACAGCAUUUUUAUUGAAACUAUACACAAACUUGGCAGUUUGCUAUAAUAAAGUUAAUCUACCAACGAAGGCUUGCAUUAUGUGCAAAGAAAUACGACAGUUGACUAACAAUAAACCCUCGUGUAAAGCAUUAUUUCAAGAAGGACGUGCAUUGCUACUGCUUGGCGAGUACGAACGCGCACGGCAGAUACUUAUACGCUCCCAACGCAUCGAGCCACAAAACGAAGAUAUCAGUCGGGAGCUGAAAAUAUUGGAAGAACGGUAUGCAAAAUACAAAGAAAACGAGCGCAGCAUUUGGACGAAGGCAAUGGGUAUAAUAAAGAAGAAAGAUGUCGGCAAAAAAGGUGAUGCUGGUAGCGCCGAGACGCCCAGCAUCUUCGAACAAGAAAUGGCAGAACUAAUGAAAAGUUUCAAGGACAACAUGGAUUUGAAUAAUUUCAAUUUGCCACCUGGCUUAACUAAAAGCGAAAUAAAAACUGUAGAUGAGCUAGCGCAGAGCAUGGAGCUAAAACUAAUACUUUCACCGCUAGACAAUGCAACCUAUACGCUUAGCAAAGUGAAUAAAAAAUAAAUUAGACUGCUAAAGCAGACGAAAAAGAUUGAAUGAAAUUAUAGCAAAAAUGUUCGAUAUAUUUUUGCACCUAAGAAAAAUAUGUAUAUAACAUUAUUAGUGCGUAAGAAAAGAGAGCUAAAUUUUUUGCGCUCAUUUUUUGUAUACCAAACAAUAACUAGAAAAUACAAUAAAAACUGUUUUGGUAAAAUCUGUAAAGGAAAAUUACUUUUUAUUUACCAGUUUUAAAAACCGCUCACCGACUAUAUUAAAAAUAUAAUAAAUUUUAAAAUUAUUAUUUAUGUAUAAGCUUGGAAAUCAUAAAAAACGUGAACUUUUAAAAAACGAUUAAUAAAUGUUGAACUAUGAAAAUUGCAUUGAAA